CACAGACGACAUCGACGAUGAUGACAGCGAACCGUGCAAUUACACCCAGCAUUCUGCCACCUUCCUCCCGAUCCUGUACAGCACAUACUUCCUGUUUGGGUUGCUAGGCAAUGGCUUGGUUGUCUGGGUGAUAAUGGGGGGGGAGCAGCUGCGGAGCAUGACAGACGUGUGUCUGCUCAACCUGUCGCUGGCGGACCUGCUACUGGUCAUCUCGCUGCCCUUCUUGGCUCACCAGGCCCGGGACCAUUGGGUAUUCGGGGAUGCCAUGUGUAAGCUGGUCCUCGGGGUGUACUACGUGGGCUAUUACAGUGGCAUCUUCUUCAUCACGCUCAUGGCCGUGGAUCGGUACCUGGCGGUUGUACACGCUGUGCACGCCCUCCGAAUCCGCACACGCACUUAUGGAAUUAUCGCCAGCAUAGUCGUGUGGAUAGCCAGCAUCUUUUCGUCGUUCCCUGAAGUGACAGCUCUUAAAUUGAGCGACAGAGAUCCGCCCAUCUGCUACAGAGACUACCAAGGUGAAGACCACCUGCGCUCUGUGAGCAUCUUUAAGAUGAACAUCCUGGGUUUCGUGGUCCCACUGGGCAUCCUGUUCUUCUGCUACACCCGGAUCCUGCUGAAGCUUUUGCACAGCCGCUCGCGCAAAGGCCAGGCGGUGCGCCUCAUCGUCGUGGUGAUGGUCGUCUUCCUGUGCUGCUGGGCGCCCUACAACGUCACGCUGUUUUUCUGGGGGCUGCACAACCAGGGCUUCUUUCACGACUGUGACUCCAGCAAGUCCCUGCUCCUGAGCCUGCAGAUCACCGAGGUGAUGGCGUACACCCACUGCUGCCUCAACCCUGUGCUCUAUGUGUUUGUGGGUGAGAAGUUCAGGAGGCGCUUCCUGCGGCUCCUCAGCAAGAGCCCUUGUGUCAGGUGUGGCUUCGUCAAGGCUUACCUCACCACAGCCAGCGGUUCUGUCUACUCCCAUGCCAGCAGUAUGGAGGAGCGCUCCACCACAGUUUGACACCCAAUUUGAUUCCCAUGCCCACACAGAGGCACAAAACACACAAACAUAUCACUAUGUACAUACACCUGCAUUCAGUUAUGCACA